CUUCCGCGACGACGUUUGUGUGUCACGCGAAAAGUGCGGGCUAGUUUCUCCGGUGGGUCGGUCAGGACCUACUUCCACGACGAGAGCAGAGCAGAAGUAGGCGCCGAAGGUGAAAUCCGAAGAAGUGCACCUAAAUCCUUCACGAGAGUGACGUAGCCUCGUUUUCACGGCGGGGAGGAGAGAGAGAGAGAGAGAGAGAGAGAGAGAGAGAGAGAGAGAGACGCAGCGGCGCCGUAGUUGAGCGCGCUGCCACCAGGAGCGCUGCGGCGAUGUGGGUUAGCAGCAGCUGGGCGCAGCAGUCGGCUCAGUCAGUGUUCGCCGGGACGCCUCACCGUACGCGUCGAAGCGAGGACGAGAGACAGAACGCGACAGACAGUACAGAGAGAUCGGGCAAAGCUGUUGGAGAGAGAUACGCGAGGUGGGCGCGCUGUCGCCUCACGAUGGGGUGAAGUCCGGGGCGGGCUGGCGAGCGGCGGAGCCCACCAUGAGCCCCGCCUCGCAGGGCGGCCUGGAGCUGAAGCGCUACAUAGGCAGCUGCCUCAUCUCGGCGCCGCGUAAGGCGGGCGGCGGCUGCAGGGGGGCGGCGGGCGAGGGCGGCGCGGCGCUGGUGGCGGGUCCCGGGCCGGCGCCGCUCUGCGGGCUGCCGCUCAUCUCGCUGGCGGCGCGGCCCGGCGCCUUCUCGCGGCUGGCCAUGCACACGCAGGGAGCGCCGCUCAUCCUGGCCGGCCGGUACGGCGCCCGCAAGCAGGGCCAGGGCCAGCGGCAGCAGCAGCAGCCGCAGCAGCGGGGGCAGGGGGCGGCCCACCAUCAGCCGCAGACCGCGGCCCGCAGGCGCGCGCCCGCACUGGCGCCGGCCGUGGCGCGCGCCGCCGAAGGCGCCACGGAGGCCGCCGCGGCCGGAGGCGGCGGCGGCAGGGCCGCGAGCAGCGACUCGCUCAACACGGCCAGCGACGAGAGCUCGGGCCCGUCCGAGAAUAGCCUGCCGCGCAUCAUCAAGCCCCGCAAGCGCCGCAAGAAGGACCGGAAGCCGCCGCCGGCGCCCUCCGCCCACCAGCCGGCCGCGCCGCCCUCGCCGGAGGCGGCCGCCCCGGAGGGCUCCAGCAUAGUGACGCUGCGGCCGUACGUGCCGCUGUGCUUCGAGCUGUACGACAUCGCGCGGCCGCCCCCAGCCGCCGCCGCGGCCAGCACGAGCCGGGCCGCCGAGCCGAAGCGCAGCGAUCCCCCCAGGAGCAAGCCGAGGCCGCAGCUGCAGCUGCAGGUGGCGCGCAGCGAAGACGGCGAGGCCGCCCGCCAGCAGCAGCAGCAGCGGCGCCCGCCUGCCCCCUCGGCGUCCCCGUCGCCUUCGCCGUCCGUGUGCCUGUGCCGCUACUGCGACCCCCGCGGCCACAUUUGGGACGUGCACCGCCACUGCUACUCGCCGGUGCUGACUGCGCCCGCCCCGCACGAGUCCCCGUUCGCCAGCAUCCCCCUGUUCCUGAGCGCGCCGCCCGCCGGCCACGCCGCCGACACCGACGACGGCUUCUUCAGCGACGACCUGCCCACGUCCGCGUCGCCCUUCUCCCUGUCUGGCGACGCCGAAGACCCACCGGCCUACGGCGGCAGCGCGCUGCGCCGCAGCUGGAGCGGCUGCUCCUCCUCUUCUUUCUCCUCCUCUGCUUCUUCUUCUUCUUCUUCUUCUUCUUCGUCGCCGUCGUCACUCGCCGGUGACCCUGGCGGCCGCGUGCGCACUGCGGCCGUCGCCGCCGCCUCUCAGGGGCUGCAGGUGUCCACCGAGAUAGUCACCUCCCCCAACGGCCACCGCGACCUCGAGAUCAGGUUCUACUCGAGCUCGCCGCCGGGCCGGGAGGCUGCGAGCGAGGCCCGCGUCCGGACUGAGGCGGCGUGGCCCGCGAGCCGGCCGGAAGGCGGCGGCCUGUGGGGCAGCGGCCAGGCGGACGAGCACGGCGCGGGCGCGCUCGGCGACGAGGUGCUGCAGCUCAGCAUACGCGCCGAGGAGUAGUCUGUGUGUCUGUGUGUGACAGCGUGGUCGACACUUCACAACCUCACCUACUCGUCUCCUGCACGCACUGCUUUCGGUCGCCGUCACUCGCAACUCGGUAGUGCCUCAUCCGUUCUUCCUAGCACGCCGUAGAAACCGUACUCGGCGACAGAACGCGUACGAUUCUACGAACGGGUUUCGGCUUGCAAAACAUUUACCUACGUGCAAACAUUUCACGUUCGGAGCAGUUUUUCGAAGGUACGUAGAUACUGGUGGUUUCCUCCUUCCAGUCUGGCUGCGGUACAUUCGCUGAAAGUCGCUACUGACAGAAUUAUCGUCGAACCGCAGUGUUAAGACGCAAGUCAGCCUCUGGCGCGUAACCCGAACUCCACGUGGAUGUUACUUGUCGUACACUUCCUACAGGAUUACUGUUGUGACACUGAAUGAUCUUUGAAGAACACUACGGGGGCUCCAGUUAAUAUUUGUAAUUUACCGUGUCAUUUUCAAAUCGGAUAACAACGGAUCCAAGUGUGAGACAACGCAGUAUUUCGCUGCGUAUGAUGUUAACUUGUUCGAAGACAUAACAGUAUUGUGUUGAGUUACUUGAUGACAAGAUCACCUCUCUCUCUCUCUCUCUCUCUCUCUCUCUCUGCGUACCUAUCUAUCGCGCAUGUGUGUGUGUGUGUGUGUGUGUGUGUGUGUGUGUGUGUGUGUGACCGGGUGGAGCUUCAAUAGCUUAGUAGCGAAAGUAGUGAUUCCAUUAUGGGCGUGGGAAACUGGGGACCUCUUGUGCUUUGUAGUUUAGACGGGGAGGCCGCUGUAAGCCGUUUAGUUGGCGACCUUGACGUGCAGUUGUGCGCCCUUUUGGCAUUCCCGGGGCCACGCGCUCUCGUCUGCAUGUAGCAUAGUCGCCACGUCAGGCGGAACGCCGGCAACUAGUUGGCACAGUGUCAGCUGUGCUGGUCGGUGCAGCGGCUCUUGCUUUGUCACCCUCGUAUCGUUCUUCUUUCACAAGCAUUCAUAUUCGACUCAUCUUCAGAAAUGAGUGUACCUACUUGUGACAGAUGACAAUCUGUACCUGACUGAAAGUCACGUCUGUGCUUCCUCGAUCACAUCUCUCAAUAAUAACGCAUUCAACGUAGUCGUGAUCUCACCACAGCGGAGCUCAAACUUAAUUUUUCUCAUGUAUUUCCAUUGACAAUGUGCCUUGCUUGAAACCACACAACUUUUCGAUAUAUUUAUUGCACGUUUAAUAUCGGUAUAUCCUCGUUCUCGCUUGCUUCGGUGUUGGCCAGUCUCAAUGCAAAUUAUCACACUUCUUUCGUUCUUCGGUAUCUCGUUACAUACCGAUCAUUUCCACAAAUUAGUUUAUAAGCUCUCUGCCUUCCCAUUUUUCUUUCUGGGUUUUCCAUUUAAGAUAUAAAACAAUAAUUAUUAACAUAAAAUUCGCUCUAAACUCAUGGUGUAAUUGUAAUUGUGUUACUGUGAUUUUAUUGAGCGAUCACCUUUUAAGAGUUGGAUUCAUUGCAGCCUCCAGUACGUGUGUAAUAGCUUGUGCGCGGUAUCAACAUUAACGCUACCGAAUUACCUUUCUGACACGCACGGUUCACUGUUUUAAGUUACAUCCCCUGAGAACACCAUACAUGGUAAAAUCGUUUCAUUAGUUAAUUUAGAGAUCAUUUGUUCGUUAGAUGACCCCGAAAUAUCCGCUAACGUUUUCCGUGAAAAUGCGCCUUUCGACCGCACCAUCUUCAUUGUGUAAGUGAACCGUGGAAGAAGGUUGCGACAUAGCCGCGGCAGUCGCUGGACAACAUAUUUGUCUGCGGGUUCUCGCGCACAAACUCCUGCUAGCGCUCACCACCCGGGCUGCGCUGUGUCCCGCUCUUAACGACAUUAAAUGUAAUGUAACGGUUGCGUGACCAUCUCUGAUGACCAAUAGCGACUACAUUUUGAGGCUCCUUUUUCUCACAUCUUUGCUUGUAUUGACACUUGUGCAUUUCAUGUGUUCUUUCCUUCAUAACGCAACUUGUAUGUGUGUGCACAUUUGGGAUUGGAUUUGUGUGUUGUUUCACUAGAGACUGUAAAAGCUGUACUAUUUUUUCUACCAGUGUUAAAUACACUUUGUUCCUUGUGAAA